GCACCACACACAGUUUCAGUUUUGGCAGCAGUAUCCAGUGUCCUGCCGGAGGCUUCUAGAAAGGCAAGGGUUGCGGACUGGUCAGCAGGCUGUGCCCAAGAAGCUGACAGGAUAGAAGGAAGUGGCUAAAACAACCACGCAAGAAGGCGGUUUGGGUGGCACAGCCCCACGGGAGCCACCAGCGAUGUCGCGCCUCUUCUUCGCCUGCCUGCUGGCUGUCUUUCCAGUGGUCUCCAUGAAGAGUCCCAUAUUCGGUCCCCAGGAGGUGAACAGCGUGGAAGGCAGCUCCGUGUCCAUCAAGUGCUACUACCCGGCCACCUCCGUCAACCGGCAUACCCGGAAGUACUGGUGCCGGCAGGGAGCCAGGGGCCGCUGCACUACCCUCAUCUCCUCAGAGGGCUACGUCUCCAAGGACUAUGAGGGCAGAGCCAACCUCACCAACUUCCCAGAGAGCGGCACAUUUGUGAUGAACAUCAGCCAUCUCACUCGGAAUGACUCGGGGCUCUACAAGUGUGGUCUGGGCAUUAGCAGCCGAGGCCUGUCCUUUGAUGUGAGCCUGGAAGUCAGUCAAGUUCCUGGGCAGAACAAUGGCGUCCACGUCUACACAGCAGACCUGGGCAGAACAGCGACCAUCAACUGCCCUUUCAGGGCUGUGAAUUCUGAGAAGAGGAAAUCUUUGUGCAAGAAGACAGGCCAGGACUGCAUGCUAGUCAUCGACUCCACUGGGUAUGUGAGCCCCAGCUACAGCAACAGAGUACAUCUCGCUAUUCAGGGUACCAACAACUUAGUGUUUAGCGUUGUCAUCAACCGAAUCCAGCUCAGCGAUGCUGGGAUGUAUGUCUGCCAGACUGGGGACGAUGCCAGCGCCGAUAAGAGCAAUGCUGACCUCCAAGUGCUGAAGCCCGAGACUGAGCUGAUUUAUGGAGACCUGAGGGGCUCGGUGACCUUUGACUGUGCCCUGGGCCCCGAGGUGGCAGAAGUGGCCAAAUUUCUGUGCCGGCUAAAAAAUGGGGAAGCUUGCAAUGUGAUCAUCAACACGCUGGGGAAGAAGGCUCAGGACUUUGAGGGCAGGAUCCUGUUCACUCCCAAGUAUAAUGGUUUCUUCAGUGUGCACAUCACCAGCCUGAGGAAAGAGGAUGCGGGGCUCUACCUGUGUGGAGCCCACCCUGAUGGUGAGCCUCAGGAAGGCUGGCCCACCCAGGCUUGGCAACUCUUCGUCAAUGAAGAGACCGCGAUUCCCCCAAGUCGGUCUGUGGUGAAAGGAGUGGUGGGAAGCUCCGUGGCCGUGUCCUGCGCCUACAACCCGAAGGAAACAGACAGCCUGAAGUACUGGUGUCGCUGGGAAGAGACUGAACAUGGCCGCUGCCCGCAGCUGGUGCAGAGCGAGGGGCUGGUCAAGGAGCAGUACGAGGGCAGGCUCGCACUGUACGAGGAGCCAGGCAACGGCACCUACACCGUCAUCCUCAACCAGCUCACCCCCCAGGACGCCGGCUUCUACUGGUGUUUGACCAACGGCGAUACUCGCUGGAGGUCCACGGUGGAGCUCAAGAUUGUAGAAGGAGAACCAAGCCUCAAGGUACCCAAGAAUGUCAGGGCUUGGCUGGGAGAGACCCUCAAGAUCUCCUGCCACUUCCCGUGCAAAUACUACUCCUACGAGAAGUACUGGUGUAAGUGGAGCAACAGAGGCUGCAGGGCCCUGCCCAGCCAGGACGAAGGCCCCAGCCAGGCCUUUGUGAACUGCGACCAGAGGAGCCGGAUCAUCUCCCUGAACCUGAACUCCGUCACCAGCGAGGACGAAGGCUGGUACUGGUGCGGAGUGAAGGAGGGCCACCAAUACGGAGAGACCGUGGCGGUCCAUGUGGAAGUAGAGAAGAGGGUGAAGGGAUCCCAAGAUGCCAGUGGAGUGAAUGCUGCUCCUGGUGAGGAGGCGAUAGAGCCGAGGGCCAGGGAGACUGAGAACAAAGUCCUUCUGGGUCCCAGCCUUUUUGCAGAGGGAAGAGCAGGGAAGGAUACUGAAGAUCGAGCUGGUGGGAGCGGAGCAUCCGCAGAUCCCGGCAGCUCUGCAGGACGAGGUGGGAGCUCCAAAGCGCUGGUCUCCACCCUGGUGCCCCUGGCCCUGGUGCUGGCUGCAGGGGCCGUGGCGAUUGGGGUGGUCAGAGCCCGACACAGGAAGAAUGUCGACCGGAUUUCAAUCAGAAGCUACAGGACAGACAUUAGCAUGUCAGACUUCGAGAACUCCAGGGAUUUUGGAGCCCAUGACAACAUGGGAGCCUCUCCAGACACUCAGGAGACAACUCUCAGAGGAAAAGACGAGUUCGCCACCACUACCGAGGAUGCCGUGGAGAAGGAAGAACCCAAGAAGGCGAAAAGGUCAUCCAAGGAGGAAGCCGACAUGGCCUUCACCGCCUUCCUGCUCCAGGCCAACAACAUUGUCGCUGCCACCCAGGACGGCCCCGGAGAAGCCUAGACAGAGCCCUGGUUGCACCCAUCCCUCCGCACGUGGCAAUCACGUUCCGAAUCACGUUGAUCCUCAGGGCCCUCAGCUCCGGGGCUCCACUCCCUGCACUCACACCCCACCUAGGCUUUUCCUACCUGUCCUCAGAGGGUAUGUUGGUCCCUUCUCGGUGGCAUCCAAGCCUGGCUUACUUGUUCCUGUUGGGGGUGAGGUGACGUGAGGCAUUCCCACCUACAGCUUAUUCCUAAUGAAAGAACUAAGGUGUGGGAGGAGAAUUAAGAUCUAAGGGGACCUCUCAGAAAGAAAAGGGACCACAGUGGGUGGGGAGACAAUUUCAGAAAGCCAUUCAGGGCUUCUCUGCACCCUUGUUUGGGGACGUCAGUGGGAUUCUCCCUUCCACUCCAUCCCCAAAUCUCCCAAUCCCCCACUCCUUUCCAUCUUCUCUUCUUCUUUCCCUCAUUAAAAAUACGCAUGUGGAUACUCACUAGAUUCCAGGUGCUCUGCUAGACACCGGGACAGAUAGGCCACAAACCCGGCUAGCAACCUUUCUAAAAACAUCACUGAAUCCCUGGAAGCCACAGCAUCUCUGUGUAUUUACACUCACUAAAAUCCUCAUCAGGUAUUCUCACCUCUGCCUAUACUGGGAGAAAUCAUAAAAUGUCUGGAGUCCUGAGGCCUUAGGGAUUAUGUAACAUGGGCAUACAUACAAGGAAUCAAAAACACAUUCUUACCAUUUUACAGGUGAGAAAAUUGAGGUCCUAAGAGGUGAAGAAGUUUGUCCAAGGGCAGCAAAUGAGAUACACUAGUGUCAAAGCUAGAUUUCGCAUCUCCUGUCUCCAUAUAAGAGCCUCUGCUCUCCUGAUGGAGACAGAAUUCUACAGUAAGGAGAAGGAGGGGGAGGAGAAAAAUGUAAAUAGAGACUGGUCUUUCACAAGCCCCACCUCAGGGAAGAUACCCCUUUCCCUUUCUGUCACUCAUAGAGACCUAAUAGGGUAAGAGAACGGUCAAACACUCAUAACCCCUGUAUUUGAAGAGUUCUGAGUGAAAGGGGAGAAAAGAGGGGGUUUGAUGGUGCCAAGGAGGGGCUGAUCUCCAAAGAGCUAAGGUUUUAAGGUCUUUUUCCCUCUAAGCUCUGUACUUCAACUAGCACCUACGAGCUGGCACUUGCUAACAAAUCAAAAAUGUGAAUUAAUUAAUAAUUAAAGACAGUGAUUGCCA